ACAGAAUAAACUGUAUGACACUGACAGAAGACAAAAUCUCGUCGGAAAAGUCGACAGCCAAACUCACAAUCUUUUAAUCGAAAUGCAAUAGAUAUUUACCCAUAAGUUUAAAUCUUCAAAUAUGGAUUCCAACGUGGUGGAAAGCGAGCUGGCGGAGCGGGAGCGGGACGUUUGCGUUUGUGGUGGAGGGCCCACCCUCGCCAUCCUCAAGGACGUGCAGCGGGGCUACGAGGAGAGGAUGGCACUUAUUGAGAGGAUCGGGGGCGCUAAGAAGUUACAGAUGCAAGUGGAAGUGCUAAGGGCGUGGGUGAGCGACCUGGUGGGACAGAACACGCUGCUCGCGCGAGCCGUGGAGGAGCUGGAGACGGAGGCCACCACCAGGCUGCUGAUGGAGCGACGGCGGCAUUCAGAGAUGACUGCGGAGCUUCGCGCAGAGGCGGCGGCGUUGCGUCGGCGCGCGGCGCGUAAAGACUCCGAUCUGCGCGGGCUGGUUGAGGUGCUGCGGCGCCUGCGCGAGUUCGACUACUGCACGCUCGACGGGAUACACUUCUUCGAGGUCACCGAGUCCGACAUAUUCGGCACGGUCGAGUGGCGACAACAAAAGCUGGAAGACGGAGACGGCAAGCGCAAGCUGAGACACGACCUGAGCAGGCUGGAGGGCUACCGGCACUUCAAACGCGACAAAAAGAAAAAGAUCUGCGGCAAUGUGACCGAGCUGAAGAUACUGAACGAUACGCUGCAGAAGGAAAACAUUGCUAAAGACAGGGAAAUCCGAAGGCUAAACAAAGAUGCGCAGCAGUACGAGCAAACAAUAAUAAAUCUUAGAAACGAAAUGUCGGCCAGCAAACAUUAUAAUCCAGGCGUCCCGAAAAAAGACGCGGAAGUCAUGGCCGGCAUGUGUUGCACCGGAAACGAGUGCGGCGACUGGGAGCCGGUGCGCGAGACCAGCCUGGCGCUGCGCGAGGAGUCUGUCAAGUGCCAGGAGCGCAUGCAGAAGAUGGAGUGCAGCCUGAAGGACAGCAGCGCGUUGGUGCGGUCGCUCCGCAAGAGCAACGCGGCGCUGGGCGCGGAGCUGGCGGGCGUGCGCCGCGUGUGCGCCGCGCUGCACGAGCAGGCGCGCGCGGCGGCGCUGCGCACGCAGUUCAAGGAGGACAUCAUUAGAGAGAUGCGUCGCCAGCUCAACCAGGCCAAGACUAAGCUAAAAGAGUACUCCGAAGCGAACACCUUCAAGAAGGAGUAUCCCGAAGAGUUUCCGCGCGCAUCCAUAUCGUCAUACGACUCGGUGACGAUCGCGUGUGUGAGACAACAGCCGCGGCGGCGGGGCGCCCUGCGGCACCACUCGGACCACGGGAGCCCGCGGCUCGGCUCCGGGGACGACGCGUCUGUGGGACACGACGAGAAAGAGUUGGAAGAGUUCCCGCGCGCAUCCAUAUCGUCAUACGACUCCGUGACGAUCGCGUGCGUGAGACAGCAGCCGCGGCGGCGGGGCGCCCUGCGGCACCACUCGGACCACGGGAGCCCGCGGCUUGGCUCCGGGGACGACGCGUCUAGUUCUCGCGCGUCCAUAUCGUCAUACGACUCCGUGACGAUCGCGUGCGUGAGACAACAGCCGCGGCGGCGGGGCGCCCUGCGGCACCACUCGGACCACGGGAGCCCGCGGCUCGGCUCCGGGGACGACGCGUCUCCGCCUCAAGACCCGAUCUUGGUCUCCGACGCGUCAAUCGAGGACCUGUCUCUGUCAGGCCCCACCCGCAGUCCCCGAAGUCCCCGCAGUCCCCGCCGCGUGUGCGUGCGAGCCCCCGAGGACACUACGAGGGGGGAGGACAGCAGGGGGGUGGAGGAGCUGUUCUUCAAUAAGGGAGUGGAGAGCAAUGCUUCGGAAGUCGGGGAACCGAAACAAGCUGCGAGAAGUUUGCCUCUAUGCAAGAUUAUUCAAUUUGUUACAAUGAUGUUUAAUGGAUUGUUGAUGUGCGGUGAUUCGGAUACCAGCGAUUUUACCAAAGAGAGCGGCGGCGCGUGCAGCUUCCCGGACAGCGAGUGCUCGUCGUGGGACGCGCCGGCGCGCGCGCAGUACUACCACCACAAGCUCAUGGCCACGCUGCAGGUGCUAGCAAACAAGGAGGAGACGGUGCGCGUGCAAGGCGAGAGUUUACGCGUGGCGGAGGCGCGUAUCGCGGCGCUGAGCGCGCGGACCAACCAGUUGCGCGCGCGCCUCGACGAUGCGCAUGCCGAACUGCAGUCUCUGCGAAGCGCGGGUGCGCGGACGCAGGACGCGGGCGUGUCGACGGAUGCGCGGGAGGUGGAAGAACAAAAGAACAUGGUGAAGACGCUACAAACCAACCUGUCUGUGAUCGAGGAGCUGUACAGAGAAUGUUUUUAUGAGACGGCGAAACAAGAGGAGAUGAUAGAAACGCUUCGCCAGUCGUGCCUGGAGGUGAGACGCCGGGAGACGGAGAAAGGGAACCAGAUCAGCAGUCUGCAGAACGUCGUUAGUGCCCAGAAGUGGUCUCUCGACAAGUGCAAGGAUAUCUCAAUGGAGGUGGAAAGCCUGAAAAUGGAAAUAUCGAACUUCCUGAACAGUUCCAACGACUCGGGUGUGUGGGAGCGCUCGGAGUCCCCAUGCGAGGUGUUAGCAGACGUGCGCCACAUCGCAGCGCAACUCCACAUCUUGCGAGAAAUGCUCACUGAAUCUUGCACGUGUGGCUCGGAAGAAGAGAACAUGAGGUUGAAAGAUGACAACGAAACGAUGCAAAUCCAGGUGGGUGAGCUUCGUCAGCGAAUCGGUGAACUAGAGGCCGCGGUUGCUGAUAAGGAGAAUGACCUCUCCUACAGGGACCAGCUCACGGCGAAGGAACAGGAGCUGGAAAAUGUGAAAAAGCAGUUGUCUGAUCUGCAAGAGAGCGUCGGCGACCGCAGCUCGGCCUGCGAGGCGCUGGCCGUGCAGCUGAGGCAGGCUCAGGUGUCAAUCGAGGAGCAGACGCGGUCGCUGGCGGAGGCGCGUCAACAAUGUGCGCGCCACGAGGCCGCCGUCGCCUCGCUCACGCGGGACCUACAGCAAGCUAACCACAUCAUCGACGAGAGUCGCGCACUACGCGAGGAAAUGGAGGAGCUGAAGCAGCUGGCAGCGGAAAGCGGGCGCCGCACACGCGCGCUCGCCGACCAGCUGGCGCGCGCGCACCAGCGCUGCCAGGCGCUCGAUGCCUGCUGCAGAGACAAGGCCGCGUGCGCGUCUACCCUCCAGUCGCAGCUAGAGGAAGCGCACUCGCGCGGCGCGGCACUAUGCAAGGAAGUGCGGCGCGUCGUGUGCGGCGUGCAGGCCUGCGUGCGGAGGAUGCGCGCGCGACAGCGAGAACAAGAAAACAAAAUAAAGGAACAAGAGACCCUCAUCAAAGCUCUCCAAUUCCAACGAGACGAGGCCGGUCUUAUCGAGCUUAUCAACGACCGCUGCUCAAAAUGCGUCUCGCUCAAACCUAAACGAAGCCGCGGGCGAGUGAGCGAGACAGUAAGCUGCGAAUGCGACGAAGGACACAACGGAGAUGUUCAACGCAGCCCUGAAGCUAGAGAGAGAAGGGAUGGCCACAGAAACGAAAUAGAUUGUGAAUGCCCUAGAAUAGAACAGAAGUUGCAAUUGCACAGAAAGCCGAGUGCAAGCGAGAUGGGUAGCUGCGUGUGUUCGUCAAGAGGAGAGAGACUGCAGGAUCGUGCCAACACCAGGAGACACGAAACGGCGAGUUGUGAUUAUUCGAGGGUUGGAGAGAGACGGGGCGAUUGCUCCAAAACGAGUGGGAGCGAGGUGGCUAGCUGCUCGUCGGCACCCACGCCACCUAGGAGAUUGCUGAAGAAAAAGAACAAUGCAUAUGAGGAAAAGUCGUGGUGGUGGUCGGUACCGCGGCGGGACGCGGGCGUGCAGCGGCCCACGCGGCGGGACGCGGCCAGCGACGCCUGCGACUGCCAGUACCAAGCAAGACAUCUGAGGGUCGAGCGGCUGCCGCGCGAAGCGUCUCCAUCUGCAGAGCUGGAACAGCGCAUGAGCGCCCUACAGGAGGCCCUGCAGCGCUCCCACGAGCGCUGGGCGCGCGCGCCGCACACGUGACGUCCGCCGCAGUCACGCCGAAGUCACGUGACCUGCGACCAUGCUGCCAGAGUAAAUACAAAUGGUCAUCUUCAUAGAAAAGCACCGAGCGCGGUUUGUAUGUGAGCGCGCCAAUACGUAUGCGGCGCGCACGCACACACUGACAAAAUUCGGCGCAACUCCCCGCUAAUCCACGCUAUGUCAGUGACCGGCGCCCACGUUGCUACGUCACGCCCGCAUUACGUGACCUGCGCUCGCGCCGCCUACGUCACGCCCGCAGUCACGUGACCUGCGCCUACGUCACGCCCGCAUCACGUGACCUGCGCCCACGCUGCCUACGUCACACCGGUAACCACAUGUCCUGCGCUCGCGCCGUCUACGUCACGUCCGCAUCACGUGACCUGCGCCCACGCUGCCUACAUCACGCCCGCAGUCACGUGACCUGCGCCUACGUCACACCGGCAAUCACGUGACCUGCGCCCACCCUGCCUACGUCACGCCCGCGUCACGUGACCUGCGCUCGCGUCGCCUACGUCACGCCGCCCGCUAGCGACACGCACUUUGCAUGUGACGUCCAGAUUUUGCUCAAGUGGAUUAGAUUGGGCGUCGAACACGGGUUGGUAAAACAUAAAAAGUAAGUUUUGACCGUGCUGUCAAGUUGGAGCACAAAAGUUGAAAUAAAUAAAACAUUUUGAGCGAAUCGCGCGUCCUUCAGAAUCAUGGAUUGCUAUCCGAACUCUACCUACUAACAUUCCGACGAUAUUGGAUGUGUUCAGUGUGCAUUUAUAAUAUAAAUGAUGUACUUAAUUUAUAAUAGUUAUACAUAAAGAUUUUUAGAUUUAAUU